CAAUUUUUUUCGUAUCUUAACAAUAAAACGUGCGUUUUUUGUCAUUCAACUCUCUAUAGUUUCUGUUGUUGUUCUGUGUUUCCAGUUUUUCUUUUUGUUAUUCAAAAAAAAAAGUAAAUAUUUGUGAAAAUAUAAAUUUUAUAUGAAUUUUCAUACAAAACUUCAACAAUCCAAGGGCUACAAAAAUACAACCAUAUAAAAGUAGAAAAGAAAAAAAAUAUAUUGUUUUUGGCCAUUUUUUUCUUGAUAAUUGUUGUGCACCAAUUGCUGCCAAAACAAUAUAUUACCAGUGUAAAAAAUAAAAAAUAAUAAAAUUUUUAUAAAAUAAAUAUAUACAACUAAAAAUUAAGUUUUUUCUCGUCAUAACGAAAAAGUGCUCAUAUAUUAUAAAAAAAAUUUACCAAAAAUUAUAAUACAUAUUUGUGCAUCAGUUUAAUCAAGAGUAUUAAGCCAAACAAUUGUGUUUUAAAAUUGCAGCUAUCUAAGUUGUAAUAAUUUCUCCCCGAAAAAAGUAAUUUAUUUGGCAUUAUCUUCAAAAAAAAUAAAUAAAUAAAUAAAUUUAACGUAUUUUAAAUUUAAAUUUUUAACUAAUUUUAACCAAUUGUAUUGGUUAUAUCAACAAAUGGAUUUAGCAUUUAAAAUACAAAUAAUGUGUUCGUGGAGAAAAAUGCUGCUAACACUGGUAUUACUUUUAGCAAUUGGACGCUCACAAUCAGUUGAAUUAACAGGACAAGGAAUUAAAGAUGCCAUUGCCGAAUACAAUAUGUUGGAAAUUAUAAAUGAAAAUUUCAAUGGCAUUGAAUUCGAUUUUGCUGAAGAUGGUUUUCCUGCCUAUAAAAUAUUACAAAUUGCCGAUAUAAAAUCUCCCUAUCGUAUGGUUUUGCCAGAAAAACUCAAUGAUUUUGCUCUGCAAACUACGCUGCAACCUACCUCAGCCAAAGGUGGUUACUUGUUUAGUGUUGUCGAUCCCCUCGAUACAGUUGUACAAUUUGGUUUACACUUUUCACCCGUCAUCAAAGAUUGCUGGAAUGUUUCGUUAAUCUAUACAGAUGCCAGUGUUAGUCCAGUUAGUAAACGUUUGGUUAGUUAUCAAUUGCCAUAUGAACCCAAGAAAUGGGUAACACUAGCCUUUAAGGUGUUAAGUGAUAAGGUAGUGUACUAUUAUAAUUGUGAAGAGACUGAAACGACACCAUUAAUAAGAGAUCCCAUGGAAUUGGUGUUUGCAUCAUCAUCAACUUUAUAUUUAGCACAAGCUGGCGCUAAGAUGGGUGGUAAUUUUGAGAGUGCUUCUAAUUUGAAAAAGAGGGUUCAUAUGUUUUAUUGUUAUGUUUCAUUUAUAGGUCAAUGCUAUAAAGUUUAUAGUUUUCUUAUUUAGUUUGGAAUAUAAUUGAAUCAUGUGUUUUUUUAAUAAAUAAUUGCUGAGUGUUAUUAAAAUUAUUAA